CCUGGCGCUCACCACCUCGGCCCGCGUGCGCCACUCCUGCCCCUUCUGGGCCGGCUUCUCGGUGCUGCUAUCAGGACUGAUCGGAGUCGUGUCAUGGAAAAGGCCCCUCUCGCUUGUGAUAACCUUUUUCAUGCUGUUGUCAGCAGUCUGCGUGAUGCUGAACUUGGCUGGUUCCAUUCUCUCCUGUCAGAACGCUCAGCUGGUAAACUCCUUGGAAGGGUGUCAACUGAUUAAAUUCGACAGCGACAGCGUCUGCGUCUGCUGCGAACUACAACACCAGACCUCUGGCUGCAGCCUCGGCGAGAUGCUGAAACUGAACCCGCUGCAGGAGUGCAACGUGGUCAGGCUGACCCUAAAGGACCUGUUGUUUAGUGUGUGCGCUCUCAAUAUCAUCUCUACUAUUGUCUGCGCUCUGGCAACCGCAAUGUGCUGCAUGCAGAUGGUCUCCUCUGAUGUUCUGCAAAUGUUCCUGCCACAGAGGUCUCAUUCAGCAAACCCAGACUGUAUGACGCCCCAUGGGACUAUCCUGCACCAGACCCUGGAUUUUGAUGAGUUCAUUCCACCAAUCCCACCUCCGCCCUACUAUCCACCUGAGUACACCUGCACUCCUGUGAUCGAAGCACAAAGAGGGCUCCAUUUGGACUUUCCUCACUCGCCCUUCAGUGCUUUAUACGAGGUGGCCAUCAACAGCCCCGGAAUGCUCUAUCCAGCUGAGUUACCGCCUCCAUAUGAAGCAGUGAUUGGACAAGCUCCAGCCAAUCAGGUCACUGCUUUGAACCAGCAAGUCGCAGAGCCCAGCCUGAGUGAGAGGAACUCCACAGCAGGCUUUGGAAACCAAGCCUUGGUCAACAGCACUUCCGAGACAGCCUCUGAAGCUGCUGAUAUCCCUGAUCAUCACACCUACUCCUCAGAGGAUCUUCGUUCCCUGGAAGUCCAGGAGUCCCUCUUUUCCGCAGACUUAUCUUUGUACAGUACAACACCCCACAACGGAGCUCCAAAUAGGAGUUGCACCAGCUUGGACUACAGUAUCCGCUGUGGGUUGCAUAGGACCCGUUCCCCGUGUUCCCCGGACAACGAAGCCAGUGGCCGCAGCCAAACCACCGUUGCCGGGCCUCACGGACAGGCGUUUGGGUUCUGCUCCCGCAGCCGCUCGUCGGACUGCUCCUCGGAGAACUUUGGCCCCUCCGAGAGAGACUCGCGGGGCUCGGCCCGAGAGUGCAAAGCCACGCCCCCGCCAAAGCCGCGGAAGAUGUGCUGCGGGGUUUUCAGCCAGCCGGUCGCGCCCCAGACUCGCCGCGCCCACUGUUCAGUGCCUGUAAACACUUUGCCCCACAGCUUCCCUGAGAGGACGGCCCAACAGCGCACAAGGAAAGGAAGGAUUUCCAAAAUCGUCCGAUCCACUAGUGACCCUUUGUCCUGCUUGUCUACCGCAGAAGUUCCUGUCUCUGGUCCUCAUAUGGCUGCCUCUGCUUGCCAGGACUCCGGAAACCAUCUCUCGCCAACUGGGAAGCCGAGGGACCCCACAAAAGCCGAACUUUCUCGGAAGCCGAAGGCCUUCCAGACCAUCUGCAAAGAGCGUCCCCACUCUUUGGUGGACCUGCAGGCCUACAAGGACACAAAGAUCCUGGUGGCCAAAUUCUUGGAACACUCGAACUGUAACCUUCCCCCGGAGGUGCGGCAUGUGGUGAACAGCAUCCGGUCGGUCAUCAAGUCUGACGAACGGCACAUGGAAGAAGCCAUCUUCAGCGCAAACGUCAUCGACCAGGUGAUUAUGAGCUCCCAACAGAAUGUGGAUACCUCACGAAAGCGGCUCCAGGAAGACCUUCACCUACAGAGCUGCGGGGCCCUGAGUUCUCCCGUUGCCUUUCUACGCAGGACCCAUAUCAGUCACAGCUUAGAGAGGGGACGUCCCCACAGUUUCAUCGGUGUCUGCCGAGAGACAAUCCUUUGACAAUGAGUCACCGUUCUGCUGAAGACUUCACCACCUACUAAAGAGACCUUGAGGAACCCGGCAACUCACGGAGGCUCACCAGCGAUGUUGGCCUUUCAGAAGGCCAAACC